AUGGUAGUAGGAUUCCUAUUUAAUUUUGUAAUUAACGAGAGUCCCUUAUCAACGAAAAAUAAAAGAACAAGGAAAGCGUCCAAUCGUCUUCUUCCUCUGAUAAUGACUCUGCGAGGAGGCUUGCCGCUUCUCCACCAGCAGUUCACGGCGCUGUUCAAGAAGAAUCUGCUGCUAUCAUGGAGGAACAAGAGCGCCACGUGUCUCCAACUCUUCUCCUCGUUCUUCUUCAUCCUUGUCAUUUUCUGUAUCCAGGAAGCGAUGAAGGCGAACGAUCUAACCUCGACGAGGCACAAAAAUGUCACCGACCCUAAGGCAUUAGUCUCACCUCCGAUUCCACCUUGUGAGGAUAAGUUAUUCGUGAGACUUCCCUGCUAUGACUUCCUCUGGAGUGGGAACCAGAGCCGUCGUGUCACUGACAUUGUCUCUGCUAUCAUGACCAACAAUCCGGGAAGACCAAUUCCGAGCAACAAGGUUCAAUCAUUCAAAGGGCCUGAGGAGGUAGAUUCAUGGCUUCUGUCACAUCCUUUGCAAGUCCCAGGAGCUUUGCAUUUUGCAGAAAUGAAUGCUUCUGUAAUAAGCUAUGGGGUUCAGACAAAUUCCUCGUCGGUGAAAAGACGUGGUCGUGUUGAAGACCCAACCUUUAAGUUCCUUGUUCCUCUCCAAAUCGCUGCAGAGCGUGAGAUCGCCAGGUCUUUAAUCGGAGAUCCAAAGUUUAGUUGGGGUUUUGGAUUCAAGCAGUUUGCGAGCCCAGCUAUCAGUGGAACCGUAACUACUUCUGCAAUAAGUAUUAUGGGGCCGGUCUUCUUUCUUGCUUUCUCCAUGCUUGGUUUCGUCACCCAGCUCGGUUCUUUGGUUACCGAGAAAGAGCUUAAACUCCGGCAAGCGAUGACAAUGAUGGGAGUUUUCGACACAGCUUACUGGUUCUCAUGGCUCACAUGGGAAGGAAUCCUCACCUUUGUCUCCUCACUCUCCUUGGUCCUCUUUGGAAUGAUGUUCCACUUCAGUUUUUUCUUAAAGAACAGCUUUUUUGUAGUCUUCCUACUUUUCUGGCUUUUUCAGUUGAAUAUGAUUAGCCUAGCGUUCGUGCUCUCGGCUUUCAUUAGCAAAUCAUCUUCAGCAACAACCAUCGGUUUCCUUGUGUUUCUGGUUUCUUUCAUCACACAGAUUGUAUCAGAUAGUUUCCCUUAUUCGAGCGGACAUUCAGUUACUAGCCGCGUGGUUUGGUCAUUCUUUCCACCGAAUACUUUUUCUAAAGGUGUGCAGAUUCUUAUUGAGGCAAACUCAACUCCUGGAGUCUCUGGAAUUAGUUGGAGUGAAAGAUCAGUAUGUAGAUCAGCCGCAUGCUUUCUUACAAUGAAUAAAAUCUUCAUAUGGCUUUCGGGGACAUUUCUUUUCUGGUUUCUUCUAGCUGUCUACUUAGACAAUAUUAUUCCCAAUGCAUCCGGUGUUAGAAAAUUUGUCUUCUACUUUCUAAAGCCUAGUUAUUGGACUGGCAAAGAGGGAAACAAAGUGCAAGAGGGGAGCAUUUGUAGCUGUAUUGGUUCAGUUCCUCCCGUAGAGCAUGUAACGCCAGAGGACCAAGAUGUGCUUGAAGAGGAGACAUUAGUCAAACAACAAGCAAUAAAUGGAACAGAUGAUGCUAACAUUGCAGUUCAGAUACAUGGUCUUGCAAAGACAUAUCCCGGAACCACAAAGCUCGGAUGCUGCAAAUGCAAGAAGACUGCCCCUUUUCAAGCUAUAAAGGGUUUGUGGAUGAAUAUUGCCAAAGAUCAGUUGUUUUGUCUUCUCGGACCAAAUGGGGCAGGGAAAACAACUACUAUCAGUUGUUUGACUGGCAUAAACCCAGUUACUGCUGGUGAUGCUCUUAUUUAUGGUAAUUCCAUAAGAAGCUCUGUUGGUAUGUCCAACAUUCGUAAAAUGAUAGGAGUGUGUCCUCAGUUUGAUAUCCUGUGGGAUGCUUUGUCCAGUGAAGAGCAUCUCCAUCUCUUUGCUAGCAUCAAGGGGUUACCACCAUCAUCCAUCAAAUCGAUUGCAGAGAAGUUACUUGCAGAUGUAAAGCUGACAGGAGCAGCGAAAAUUAGAGCAGGAAGUUACAGUGGUGGAAUGAAACGCAGACUCAGUGUUGCAAUUGCACUCAUUGGUGAUCCCAAGCUGGUCUUUCUAGAUGAACCGACUACCGGUAUGGAUCCAAUCACAAGGAGACAUGUGUGGGACAUCAUACAAGAAUCAAAGAGAGGUCGUGCCAUCAUACUAACAACGCAUUCCAUGGAAGAGGCUGAUAUUUUAGGUGACAGAAUAGGGAUCAUGGCUAAAGGCAGGCUCCGCUGCAUUGGAACCUCAAUCAGGUUGAAAUCCCGCUUCGGCACAGGUUUCAUUACUACUGUGAGCUUCAUCGAAAACAAAAAUGACGAUGCCAAAACUUCAACUGAGCCAUUGAAAAGUUUCUUUAAAGAGCGCCUGAAAGCUGAGCCAAUAGAAGAUAAAAAAGCUUUCAUGACUUUUGUUAUCCCACACGACAAAGAGAAACUUUUGACGAGGUUUUUCGAGGAGCUACAAGAGAGGGAACAUGAAUUUGGUAUCUCAGACAUCCAAAUCGGGCUUGCAACUUUGGAAGAAGUGUUUCUGAACAUCGCAAGAAAGGCUGAACUAGAAAGUGCAACCGCUGAAGGAACCAUGGUUACUCUCGAGUUAGAGUCAGGCAUCUUAGUCGAGAUACCUGUGGGAGCAAGAUUUGUAGGGAUCCCUGGGACAGAAAACGCAGAGAAUCCCCGAGGAGUAAUGGUGGAAGUGUACUGGCAACAAGACGGGUCGGGAUCAAUGUGCAUCUCUGGACACUCGCCGGAUAUGCCGAUACCUGAGAAUGUUGCGGUUCUACAUGAACCAUCGUCACAAGUGUUGGGACUUGGGCAGCGACGAGUUCGGGGUACCGUGCUUGAUUAUGAACCUAACAAUUAA